AUGGCAACAACGACGACGACGACGACCGUCGAGCUACAGACACUCGAGUCAAACUCGAAGCAUGUCACAAUCAACACCCACCUUCCGGCCUCCACUCCGUCACAUGAAAUCCUGUCCACGAGUCGAGCAGUACUCGUCAUUGCUCAAUUGAUCGGCCUGCAACUCUUCUCCAGUUUUUGCAAUGGCAUCGCCGUGGUUGGUCUGCCUGCCAUCAUCGACACAGUCAAGCUGGAGACGGGCCUUCUUCUCUGGCCCACGUCCGUCUUCUACCUCACCGCCGGCUCAUGUCUGAUGCUAGCUGGAUCGAUUGCAGAUGUCGUGGGUACGAGGCCGAUUAUCCUAGCGGCCAACCUGCUGCUCAUCGCCAGUGCUUUCGCCUGCGGCGGAGCACGAACCGGAGGCGAACUCAUUGCCUUCCGCGGCCUGCAAGGCGUCUCCUUCGCCAUGGCGGUCCCAGCAUCUGUGUCUAUCAUCUCCACCAACAUUGCGGUUGGGCGGCCGCGGAACCUGGGGUUCUCGUGUCUCGGGUUCUCCAGUCCGCUCGGAUUCUUGCUGGGUCUCGUUCUGGGAGGUGUCAUGGUGGACAGUGUCGGAUGGCGUCCAGCGUUCUACCUUGCCGGGGCUACGACUGCUGCGUUAUGUGUCUUCGGCUUUUGGGCUUUGCCACAUGAUCCUCGGCCAGCAAGACCCAUGCGCACGAUAUGGAAGCAGCUUGCUUUGGAGAUUGAUUGGGUGGGAACAAUGAUUCUCAGUGCUGGAAUAUCGAUCCUGUCAUACGUCUUGGCGAUGCUCUCAUCCGAUAUCAACAACAUCCGCCGCGCUUCCAACAUUGCGCUGCUGGUCAUCAGUGUUGCCACGAUUCCAGCGUUCAUCUGGUGGAUGAACUAUCAAGUCAAGCACAACCGUCCAGCAGUGAUGCCAAAUGCACUUUGGCGCAACGCUAGCUUUACGAGCAUUUGUAUCAUGGUACUGUUGUCCAAUGCAGUCAGCAAUAACAUGGAGCUGUUCUGCAGUUUGUUCUUCCAACAAGUCCAAGGCCUCUCAGCGCUCGACGCAUCAAUCCGCAUUCUCCCCGCCCUGAUUACAGCGGUGCUCAUCAACAUCUCGAUUGGAUACUUUGUGAAUCGACUGCCAAUCAUGUUGGUGGUAUUGACAGCCUCCGCGGCCACCGCUCUAUCGCCACUUCUCAUGGCCGUCAUCAAACCACAAUGGCCAUACUGGUACAUGGCGUUCACCGCACAGGUUUUCCUGCAAGUCUGCACCAACACCCUCUUCACCGUCGGUCUACUCAUCAUCUCCGCGGUGUUUCCCUCCCGCACCCAGGCGUUAGGCGGCGCCGUGUUCAACACCUGCGCGCAACUCGGCACCUCGAUUGGCUUAACCGUAACUCAAGUCAUCACCACAACAGUCACGGCCAACUCGGACGAAGUCAACAAGUCGUCCCCGAAAGCCCUGAUGGAUGGGUAUCGGAUUGUCUUCUGGGCCUUGUUUGCCAUGAUGGUUUUGGUGGGUCUCACAGGUGCGUUGGGGUUGCGGAGGGUAGGGAAGAUUGGUGUGAAGCAAGAUUGA